AGCGGUAGCGGGUGGCGGCGUCCUCACGGGCCGCUCCAGCGGUACUACGGCCCGUCCGCGGCGGAGGCGAUGGAGGCAGCCCCGGACCCCACCGACAUCAACGGGCCCCACUUCGACCCGGAAGUUUUCCUUACGAAGGUGCGCAGCGAAUGCCCCCUGGGGCAGUUGUUGGCCCGUGAGGCCGCGCUGGGGCGGGAGAUCCGCGCCCUCGACAGUGACAUGCAGACGCUGCUCUACGAGAACUACAACAAGUUCAUUUCCGCUACUGACACCAUCCGAAAGAUGAAGGUCGACUUCCGACGCAUGGAGGCAGAGAUGGAUGAUUUGGCUGCCAACAUGGCUGCCAUCAGCACCUCCAGUGCCCGUGUCAGCGCAGCGCUGCAGGACCGGCACCGCCGUGGUGCCCAGCUUGCCGGGGUGCAGGCACUGCUGCGGAAGCUGCAGUCCCUGGUGGAGGUGCCGGGGCGGCUGCGGCGGUGGGCAGCACCAGGGGCAGAGCCUGUGCGGGCCUUGCGCUGCCACGCCCGUGCCCGUGCUGUGCUCCGCCACUACCGCCACCUGCCCUCCUUCCGCGCCAUCGAGGACGAGAGCCACGCCAUCAUGGCCGAGCUGGCCCAGCGCCUCCGCACGCGACUCCGGGAUGACACCUUGGACCCCAAGGAGCUCACCGAGUGCGUGGAGAUGCUGUUGCAGCUGGAAGAGCCACCUGAGGAGCUGUGCGAGGAGUUCCUGAGCCACGCCGGCGCCCGCCUCGAGGCUGAGCUGGCGGCGCUGGAGGCUGAGCUGCACCCAGCUGACCCCUCUGGCGCCACCGCCGCCACGCCGCCCCCCGCCUCCGACAUCCUUGACUUCGUUGACCGUGGAAGCUCUGCCUUUGUGGGCAACCUGUGCCUCCUCACGGCCUCAUACCGCAGCCUCUUUGAGGGACGCCCAGGGGCUGGGGAUGGCCGCCUGGAAGCCUUUGCCGCCACCCUCACUACCCGUUACUUUGAGCUGCUGGAGCGGCGCCUGGCGCUGGAGCGGGGCCUGGGCGACACCUCGCUGCUGGUGCGGGCGCUCGACCGCUUCCACCGCCGCCUUCGCGCCCUCCUUGAGCUGCUGCCUGCGGCCGGGGCCGAGGCAGGUGCCGCACUAGUGGCCCGGGCAGCGCGCGAGCGGGUGGAUCGCUACCUGUGGGCACUGCAGACCUUCUUUCUGGGGUGCCUGGGUGACGUGCGCCAGGCGCUGGCCGCCCCCCGGCCCCCCGGCAAGGAGGGUCCCGGCCUGCCCGACCUGCUGGCCACGCUCGCCUCCUCCGUUCUUGGCCAGCUCAAGGCUGUCCUGGCCUACGUGCAGCUCUUCACUGCCAAGGAUGUCGCCUUCGCCAGCCUGCCCUACUUCAAGGGGGAGUUCUGCGUGGAGGCAGUGCGCGAAGGGCUGGUUGUGGCCUUCGUGCGCUGGCUCUGCCGCACCGCCCGGGGCUUCGCCGAUGGCCCAGCUGAGCGGGGGGCCCCCGCGGCACCCCCAGCCCUGCUGCUGCUCCUUGCCCGCCUCUGCCUUGACUAUGAGGCCACCACCAUCAGCUACAUUCUCACUCUCACCGAUGAACAGUUUCCUCCUCAGGACACAGGCCCAGUGGUGACACCGGGACCGGCACUGUGUGCAGAGGCGCGGGGGGCGGCGCAACGGCUGCUCGACCACUACGUGCAGGUCCAGGGUGCCGCAGUGGCACAGAUGCUUAGGAAGAGCGUGGAGACACGAGACUGGUUGGGCACCGUCGAGCCCCGCAACGUUCGUGCUGUCAUGAAGCGCGUGGUCGAGGACAUCACCGCCAUCGAUGUCCAGGUUGGGCAGCUCUUCGAGGAGGGGGUGCGGCGGGCGCAGAGCAGCGACUCGAGCCGGCGUGCCUUCUCCGUCUACAGCAGCUCACGGGCACCUGGGCGCUAUGCCCCCAGCUACACCCCCAGUGCCCCCAUGGACACCCACCUGCUCAGCAACAUCCAGAAGCUCUUCUCCGAACGCGUUGACAUCUUCAGCCCUGUCGAGUUCAACAAGGUAUCAGUGCUGACUGGGAUAAUCAAGAUCAGCCUAAAGACGCUGCUGGAGUGUGUGCGGCUGCGGACGUUGGGGCGCUUUGGGCUGCAGCAGGUGCAGGUGGACGGCCAUUACCUGCAGCUCUACCUCUGGCGCUUUGCAGCUGACGAGCGGGUGGUCCAGGGGCUGCUGGAUGAGGUGGCCGCCAGCGCUGCCCACCGCUGCCUCGAUCCCGUCCCCAUGGAGCACAGUGUCGUCGAGCUCAUCUGCGAGCGCGGCCCUCCCAGGGUGGCUUUGGAAAACUCACUUCAUCUGUCUCUGGUGAAAAGCCUGGUCACCAUGGACUCCCCAGACAUCUUGGAGAGAUGGACAGACAGACAGACCCUCCUGCUGGAAGAGAUCAGGAGCAUCUGAGGAGUGUUGCAGACACUGGGGUCCCUUGAAUGGAGAAGCCUGAGCAACUGAAAUGAGAGCUUUGCUCCCUCACUUCCCUCUAACAUUAAGAUCAUGACACAGACCUCUUGGAAAAGCAUCAAAAGAUACAAAGCGCAAGCUGAGAAUUCAACAUUAUUAACUCUCCAGCUCAGGUCAGGGAUCUCCCAUUGCCAGCAACUGUGGGCACAGCAACUGGCAGUUACAGCUCCUUCACAACAUUUAUUCACCCUGGAGUAAGGAAGGCCAUUUUGGUAUUGUUUGUUAAACAAGGUUGGAAACUGGAGGGUUGCCCCUGGCCAGCCGUUCGCUCCCUCCUUUCCCCCCCACAGCAGGAUGGGGGAGGGAACUCGAAGGGCAAAAGCAAGAAGAAUGUAAGGGUCGAGAUAAAGACAGUUUAACAAGUGUGUGGAAAAAAAAAGGAAAACAAGUGAUGCAACA